GUCCAUGUGGAGGAACAAACCAAGUGGGGGUGACCCAACGAAUAUUCAACUCUUCCCAGUAUCCAUCUCUCCCAAGCAAGAAUCAGUUCCCAACUCUCUCCCCUCUUUAUCUUCUCUUCUCUCCUCUUCUCUUCUCUCUAACCUCAAGAUCCUACACGCAUCCUCUGCGAAAGUUGAGGCAGGAUGGGCUUAAAGGUUGGAUUUUUAAUUCUUUUCAUAUUGAGCACUAGCUGGGUCUCUGAUGCUAGAGAAUUGGUGACCGCUGAUCUCUCUAAAGGAGAAACUGUGAUCAAUGAUUUUUCAGUUUUGCAGCUAUAUCACCAGGAGUCAGAAAAAGAAGUUCAAUCCUCAGAGGGAAUUGUCAGGAACGAAAAGGAGUGCAUGUUGUGUGAAGAGUUUGCUACUAAGGCACUCGGCCACUUUGCUGAAAACAAGACCCAGAUGGAAAUUAUCGACAUCCUCCACGAGUCCUGCUCUCGGCUGCUCUAUUUCAAACAGGAGUGCGCCAUUCUGGUCGACUAUUAUGCUCCUCUCUUCUUCUUAGAGAUAUCCUCAGUACAACCUGGAGAUUUCUGUCGAAAGGUUAAUCUUUGUGAACAAAUGGUAAGCACUUAUCGGGAACUAACUGAGGACAGCUGUGGGCUUUGUCAUCGUGCUGUUGCAGAAGUUUUAUUAAAGUUAAAAGAUCCCGAUACGCAGUUGGAAAUAAUUGAGCUGCUUCUGAAGGGAUGUGAUGCAGUGGAGAACUAUGUGAAAAAGUGUAAAACUCUGGUUUUUGAAUAUGGGCCUCUGAUCCUAGCGAAUACGGAGCAGUUUCUGGAAACUGCAGACAUAUGCACUGUGCUCCAUGCCUGUGAUAGCAAGCAAGCUUCACCCACACUGAAAACAUCCAUGCUUUCUUCAUCUUAAUAAUGCCAGAAAAGGUAGGAUCAGAUUGAUAAUGUCCUUUUGUGAACGAUUGCCAGGCCAUGUUUGUACAAUAAUCAGGACAUAUUUGGUAUGUUGUAAAGCUUGUGUGUCAAAAUUGGAAUUUCUUAAUUAUGAUUGUUCAUAGAAUAACAUAAUUACAGGAAAUUCCGUUCAUUAUUACAUAAAGUGCCUCCACAUUUCUCUGUCCAACUUGUGGAUGCUUGUGGAAAACCUUUCUUACUA